GUGGAAGCCGCUUGCCAUUCCUCGGCAUUCCCUCCAGCCUCCAGCCUCCAGCCUGCUGCACUGCUUUCCACUGCAAGCGCGCACGGACUCAGCACUACAGCACACGGACGCUAUUCGCCCUCCAGCUCUCCGCAGUAAAACACACGGCUCGUCUUAUUCAUGCGCACUGCUCUCUCUCGCGCGCGCUCUUUCUUUCUCUCUCUCUCUAUGCGGCGCCCUGGACAUUUUCCCUUCUAUUCAUUUUCCUAACGGGAGAUCAUGAUGAUGAGACACCGAUAUUAAGAGCAUAACACCUUCCGGAAAAGCGACCGUAACCUGCAAGACGCUGGAUAGACGCCUUCUUCUUCAGCAAUGAAUCAUACGGACUGAACUGGCUUCUUUCCCUCCCUUUGAUGUUAAGACAAGAGACAAGGUUGCCAUGGAAGUGAAAGAACGCAGACCCUACCGCUCCUUGACCUCCAGGCGGGACACGGAGCGCCGGUACACCAGCUCCUCAGCUGACAGCGAGGACGGCAAGCUCAACCCUAAGUCCUACAGCUCCAGCGAGACCCUCAAAGCUUUUGACCAGGACUCCAGAUUGCCCUAUGGCAGCCGAGUCAAAGACGUGGUGCACCAUGAAGCCGAUGAGUUCAGCAGGCAAGGGACGGACUUCUCUCUCAGAGACAUGGCUUUUGGAGAUCCCGUGCCGCCCCAUAUGGCAGCCUAUAGGACAGAAAUGGGCCUUCCCCACCGCGACUACUCCGUGAGCGUGGGAUCAGACGCUGACACAGAAACGGAUGGCAUCAUGUCCCCCGAGCACGCCGUCCGACUCUGGGGCCGUAGCAACACCAAAUCCGGCCGCAGCUCCUGCCUUUCCAGCAGAGCCAACUCUAACCUCACCCUUACUGACACCGAGCAUGAAAAUACAGAAAACGGUCCUCCUCUUCAUUGCUCAUCUGCCUCCUCUUCCCCUGUCGACUCCCCUUCCCCUCCCUUUUCCCAUGCAGCCAAUCAGGGCCAGGGAAGGUUGCUAGGUAACAGUGGGGCUCUGGCCGGCCGGGACUCUGAGUCAGAAGAUGAGUUUGGCCCCAAUUCAUUCUUAGUUAAAACCGGCUCAGGGAACGUCGGCGCUCCAGCCAUUGCAACUCCUAACGAGGUCUCGUUCCAGAACCACUCUCGAUUGCGGACGCCUCCGCUGCCCCUGUCGCACUCCCACUCCCCUAGUCAACACCACGCCGCCUCCAUUGGCUCUCUGAGCCGCAGCAACUACACCCAGCGCAGCAACCCGAGCCCGGCGCCCACCGAUAGCUCGGCUCUCAAUGAGGGUCCCACAAGUGCCCAGGACUCAGGCAGUGCCCAGGACAACUGGCUUCUCAACAGCAACGUUCCUCUAGAGACCAGAAACAUAGCAAAGCAGACAUUCCUAGAGACUUUACAGGACAACUUUAUAGAGAUGGACAUACUGGCCACAGCUCGCCGCGACGGCGCUUGUACUGAUGGACACUUUCUGUUCAAGCCUGGUGGGACUUCGCCCUUGUACUGCACGACUUCACCUGGCUACCCUUUGACAUCCAGCACUGUCUAUUCUCCCCCUCCCCGGCCCCUGCCGCGGAACACCUUCUCACGGCCUGCCUUUAGCCUGAAGAAACCCUAUAAGCACUGCAACUGGAAAUGUGCCGCCCUUAGUGCCAUCCUCAUCUCUGUCACCCUGGUGUUCCUGUUGGCAUAUUUUAUUGCCAUGCACCUCUUUGGACUCAACUGGCAUUUGCAGCCAAUGCAGAGGCAGAUAUAUCAGCUGACAGAGGACAACACGAGUGGCCUACAUCUGCCUACAGAUCUGGGCUUGCCGCCUUUGGGCAACACAGGUCUAGAGUUUCCGGACAGAGGAAGCAAAGAUGACGGUAUGUCCAAGUUUGAUUUUGACUUUGUGGAGCUGUUGGAUGGCCGUCGGCUCCUGUCGCAUGGGUUGCCAGGUCUUGAGGGUCCACCUUUUCCAGCCCAGCAGAGGAGCCUGAUGCCACUCACCAGUCACGAUACGGGCUUUAUACAGUAUAUGGACUCGGGCAUCUGGCACUUGGCUGUGUACAAUGAUGGGAAGGAGACAGAGCAGGUGUCCUUUCUCACAACUGCGAUUGACGCUAUCGAUGACUGUCCUAGUAACUGUUUUGGAAAUGGAGAUUGUGUGGCCGGAAACUGCCACUGUUUUCCUGGCUUCAGAGGACCCGACUGCAGCAGGGCAUCCUGUCCAGUGCUUUGCAGUGGGAACGGUCAGUACCUUAAAGGCCAUUGCAUGUGUCACAGCGGUUGGAAAGGAUCCGAAUGUGACAUUCCUACCAACCAGUGCAUCGACAUUACCUGCAGCGGUCAUGGCACAUGCAUUGUGGGAACUUGCAUCUGUAAUCCUGGCUACAAAGGGGAGAACUGUGAAGAAGUGGACUGCCUGGACCCAGCCUGCUCAGGGAGAGGUGUCUGUGUGCGCGGAGAGUGCCAUUGUUUUAUAGGCUGGGGAGGUCCUGGAUGCGAGAGUCCACGUGCUUCCUGUAUGGAGCAGUGCUCUGGACAUGGGACCUUUUUGGCUGAUACCAACACCUGUAAUUGUGACCCCAACUGGACUGGUCACGACUGCUCCACAGAGCUGUGUGCAGCCGACUGUGGAGGACAUGGCAUCUGCGUGGCGGGCAACUGUCGCUGUGACGAGGGCUGGAUGGGUGCUGGGUGCGAACAACGGGCUUGUCACCCACGCUGCAGCGAGCACGGGACCUGCAAAGAUGGGAAGUGUGCAUGCAGCCCAGGAUGGAACGGAGAACACUGCACUAUAGAGGGCUGUCCUGGUCUGUGCAAUGGCAACGGCAGAUGCACACUGGGUAAUAAUGGCUGGUACUGCGUUUGUCAGCUGGGCUGGCGGGGAGCAGGCUGUGACACAUCAAUGGAGACGGCCUGCAGUGACGGCAAGGACAAUGAUGGAGAUGGGUUAAUGGACUGCAUGGACCCGGAUUGCUGUUUGCAGACAUGUCACACCACGUCUCUGUGUGUGGGCUCUCCUGAUCCACUGGAUAUUAUCCAGGAAACCCAGAUCUCUUCCACUCUGAGCACCCUGCAGUUUUUCUACCAGCGUGUCCGCUUUCUGGUGGGCCGGGACAGUACCCACGUCAUCCCUGGCGCCAACCCCUUUGAUGGCAUUCAUGCCUGUGUUAUCCGGGGGCAAGUAGUGACUUCAGAUGGGACACCACUGGUCGGUGUAAAUAUCAGCUUCAUUAACAAACCAGCCUAUGGGUAUACCAUCACCAGACAGGAUGGCAGCUUCGACUUGGUGAGUAACGGGGGCGUGGCCGUAGCCCUGCGGUUUGAGCGCGCUCCGUUCAUCACUCAGGAGCAUACCUUGUGGUUGCCGUGGGGACGCUUCUUUGUCAUGGACACCAUUGUGAUGAGACACGAGGUCAAUGACAUCCCCAGCUGUGACCUGAGCAGCUUCACCCGUCCCAUGCCCAUCGUCCUGCCUGCCCCGUUGACGGCGUUUGCUGGGACCUGCGUCGAGAGGGGCAACGUCGUUCCAGAGAUUCAGACCCUCCAGGAGGAAGUGUGGAUCCCAGGUACAGAUGUACGUUUGAGCUACCUGAGCAGCAGGACGUCGGGGUAUAAGUCCCUCCUGCGCAUCUCCCUGACCCACUCCACCAUCCCGUUCAGCCUGAUGAAGGUGCACCUCAUGGUGGCCGUCGAGGGAAGGCUCUUCAGGAAGUGGUUCUCAGCUGCGCCUAACCUCUCCUAUGACUUUGUCUGGGACAAGGCAGAUGUCUACAGCCAAAAAGUUUAUGGGCUGUCUGAGGCGUUCGUGUCUGUGGGUUUCGAGUACGAAUCCUGCCCGGAUCUGAUCCUCUGGGAGAAGCGGACAGCCGUCCUGCAGGGAUACGAGACCAUUGCGUCCAACUUGGGCGGCUGGAGCGUGGACAAACAUCAUGCUCUGAAUAUCCAAAGUGGUAUCCUGCACAAGGGUAACGGCGAGAACAUCUUUAUUUCUCAGCAACCCCCAGUCAUCGGAAGCAUCAUGGGUAACGGGCGGAGGCGCAGUAUCUCCUGUCCAAGCUGCAACGGGCUGGCGGAUGGAAAUAAGCUGCUCGCACCUGUAGCUUUAGCCUGUGGGUCGGAUGGCAGUCUGUACGUGGGGGAUUUCAACUACAUCCGUCGGAUCUUCACCACAGGAAAUGUCACAAGUGUCUUAGAGCUCAGCAAUAGUCCUGCGCACAAAUAUUACCUGGCUACUAGUCCCGUUUCGGGGGCCCUGUACCUUUCGGACACCAGCAGCAGGAAGGUGUUUAAAGUGAAAUCUCUGAACACAGUGAAGGAUGUAGCAAAGAACCUAGAGCUGGUGGCAGGCACAGGCGAUCAGUGUCUUCCCUACGAUGAGACGCGCUGCGGGGACGGAGGCAAGGCCGUGGAGGCCACACUUACCAACCCUAGAGGCAUUACUGUGGAUAAGUAUGGCGUGAUCUUCUUUGUAGACGGCACCAUGAUCCGCCGCAUCGAUCAGAACGGUAUCAUAUCCACCCUGCUGGGCUUCAACGACUUGACUUCGGCACGACCCCUGAGCUGUGACUCAGUGAUGGACAUUGUGCGUCUAGAGUGGCCCACUGAUCUGGCGGUGAGCCCCAUGGACAAUUCGCUUUAUGUUCUGGACAACAAUGUAGUCCUGCAGAUCUCAGAGAACCAUCAAGUGAGGAUAGUAGCGGGAAGGCCAAUGCACUGCCAGGUGCCCGGCCUGGAUCACUUCCUCGUCAGCAAAAUCGCCAUCCACGCCACCUUGGAAUCCGCCAACGCUCUCGCCGUCUCCCACAACGGCUUGCUUUACAUCUCUGAGUCGGACGAGAAGAAGAUCAACCGUGUCCGACAGGUCUCAACAAAUGGAGAGAUCUCUCUGGUCGCUGGCGCCCCCAGUGGCUGCGACUGCAAGAACGACGCUAACUGCGACUGCUACUCGGGCGACGACGGCUACGCCAAAGACGCCAAGCUAAACGCGCCCUCCUCAUUAGCGGUUUCACCUGAUGGAGAACUCUUCAUCGCUGACCUGGGAAACAUACGCAUCCGAUAUGUCAGGAGGAACAAAGCAUUCCUCAACCCUCUCAACAUGUUUGAGGUUCCCUCGCCAAUUGAUGACGAGCUCUAUCUGUUUAACGUGAACGGGAGUCACAUCUACACUCAGAGUCUGACCACUGGAGACUACCUGUACAACUUGACCUACUCUGGUGAAGGUGACCUGAGCAGCAUCACGGAUAAGAAUAAGAACAAAGUGACCAUUCGUAGAGACACAACGGGAUUGCCGCUCUGGCUGAUGGGUCCCGAUGGCCAGACGUUCUGGUUCACUAUUGGAACUAAUAAUGCGCUGAAGAGUGUUGCUGCGCAGGGUCAAGAGAUUGCCAUGAUGACUUAUCAUGGAAGCUCAGGUCUGCUGGCCACAAAAAGCAAUGAAGACGGAUGGUCUACCUUCUAUGAGUAUGACAGCUAUGGGCGACUGACAAACGUGACCUACCCCACGGGCAGGGUGAGCAGUUACCGCACUGAUUCGGACAGUACUGUGUGGGUGCAAACAGAGGGCUCCAACAAAGAGGACAUCAUGGUCACCACCAACCUCUCGGCCUCAGGAACCUUCUACACACUCAUGCAGGAUCAAGUCAAAAACAGUUACUACAUUGGUCUGGAUGGCUCCUUGCGUCUGGUAUUGGCCAAUGGCAUGGAAGUGUCUCUUCACACGGAGCCUCACCUGCUGUCAGGAACAGUCAACCCAACCAUAAGCAAGAGAAAUGUCACUCUGCCCAUUGAUAAUGGACUCAACCUGGUGGAAUGGAGACAACGGAAAGAACAGGCACGAGGACAGGUCACAGUGUAUGGACGCAGACUCAGGGUUCAUAACAGGAACUUGUUAUCCAUGGAUUUUGACCGUGUAACCAGGACCGAGAAAGUCUAUGACGACCACAGGAAGUUCACCUUGAGGAUCCACUAUGACCAUGCAGGAAGACCUACUUUGUGGGCACCAAGUAGUCGGCUAAACGGUGUCAAUGUUACCUACUCACAGGGCGGCCACAUCGCCGGCAUUCAGAGGGGCACUAUGUCAGUCCGAAUGGAAUAUGACCUAAAUGGGAGAAUCACCUCAAAGAUAUUUGCAGAUGGAAAGACAUGGAGCUACACCUACCUUGAAAAAUCCAUGGUGCUGCUACUAUACAGCCAGCGACAAUACAUCUUCGAGUUUGACAAGAACGAUCGCCUCUCUUCAGUAACCAUGCCCAAUGUGGCUAGGCAGACCUUGGAGACCACCCGUUCCAUCGGUUAUUACAGAAACACGUACAGGCCACCUGAGGGCAACGCCACAGUUUUGCAAGAUUACAGCGAAGAUGGACUGCUUCUGCAAACCAUCCACCAAGGAACGGGGCGCAGAGUCAUCUACAAGUAUGGGAAACUCUCACGUCUGCUGGAAAUCCUUUAUGAUACAACACGGAUUGCCUUUUCUUAUGAUGAAUCUGCAGGCAUGCUGAAAACGGUGGGGCUUCAAAGCGAAGGCUUUGCAUGUACCAUACGCUACAGACAGAUUGGACCGCUCAUCGACAGACAGAUAUUUCGUUUCAGUGAGGAGGGCAUGGUGAAUGCCCGGUUCGACUACAACUACGACAACAGCUUCCGGGUCACCAGCAUGCAGGCGGUCAUCAAUGAAACCCCCUUACCUAUUGACCUCUAUCGCUACGAUGACGUCUCAGGCAAAACGGAGCAGUUUGGCAAGUUCGGAGUCAUCUACUAUGAUAUUAACCAGAUCAUUACCACAGCUGUCAUGACUCACACCAAACACUUUGAUGCCUAUGGGCGAGUUAAAGAGGUGCAGUAUGAGAUUUUCCGUUCGCUGAUGUUCUGGAUGAUGGUACAGUACGACAACAUGGGGCGAGUGGUGGCCAAGGAGCUUAAAGUGGGGCCCUAUGCAAAUACCACCCGCUACGCCUACGAGUAUGAUGCUGAUGGCCAACUCCAAGUGGUGUCCAUCAAUGACAAGCCUCUUUGGCGCUACAGCUAUGAUCUGAAUGGGAAUUUGCACCUCCUUAGUCCCGGUAAUAGUGCCAGGCUUACACCACUACGCUACGAUAUUCGGGACCGCAUUACUCGAUUAGGUGACGUGCAGUACCGGUUGGACGAGGAUGGAUUCCUCAGGCAGAGAGGAAAUGACUUCUUCGAGUAUAACUCUGCGGGGUUGCUUGUUAAAGCCUACAACAAAGUUAACGGUUGGACCAUCAAGUACCGCUAUGAUGGCUUGGGCCGGAGAGUGUCCAGUCGAAACAGCCAAGGCCACCAUCUGCAAUUCUUCUACGCAGACUUGUCCAGUCCCACCAGAGUCACGCACAUGUACAAUCACUCAAGCUCAGAGAUCACCUCGCUCUACUAUGAUCUUCAGGGCCACCUCUUUGCCAUGGAGUUGAGCAGUGGGGAUGAGUUCUACGUGGCCUGUGACAACAUCGGUACACCGUUGGCUGUAUUCAGUGGUGCUGGUCUCAUGAUCAAACAGAUCCUGCACACAGCUUUUGGAGAAGUGUAUUUGGACUCCAACCCAAGUUUCCAGCUAGUAAUAGGCUACCAGGGUGGCCUUUAUGAGCCCCUUACUAAGCUUGUCCACAUGGGACGCAGAGAUUACGAUGUUCUUGCAGGCCGAUGGACCACUCCGGAGCAUGAUGUUUGGAAGCGACUCAACAGCAACAACAUUGUACCCUUCAACCUCUACAUGUUUAAGAACAACAACCCACUGAGCAACAACCAAGAAACCAAGUGCUACAUGACAGAUGUUAACAGCUGGCUAGUGACAUUUGGUUUCCAGCUAUACAACGUCAUACCUGGCUACCACAAACCUGUCACGGAUACCAUGGAGCCUUCUUACGAGCUCAUUCACACUCAGAUGAAGACUCAGGAGUGGGAUAGCAGCAAGUCCGUUCUGGGGGUACAAUGUGAAGUCCAGAGGCAGCUGAAGUCUUUCGUCCGGUUGGAGCGGUUUGACCAGAUCUACAGAUCGAGUGAUUCCGGUUGCCCUCAAACGCCCCUCCGCACGCUCUUCGCCACAGGGGCCUCGCUCUUCGGGAAAGGUGUGAAAGUAGCCAUCCGGGAGGGCCGUGUUGCUGCUGACAUCAUCAGCCUGGCCAACGAGGAUGGGCGGCGGAUCGCGGCGGUCCUGGACAAGGCCACCUACCUGCAGGAUCUACACUUCACCAUCACAGGAUUGGACACGCACUACUUUGUCAAAUCGGGACCGGUGGAGGGCGACCUAUCUCUGCUAGGCAUGACAGUGGGCCAGCGUACACUGGAGACAGGUGUAAAUGUAACUGUCUCGCAGGUCAACACAGUCCUCAGUGGCCGUUCGCGCCGCAUAACCGACAUCCAACUGCAGUACGGUACGCUGUGCCUCAACGUUCGCUACGGCAGCAGCCAGGAUGAAGAGAAGGUCCGUGUGCUGGAGCUCGCACGUCAGAGGGUCGUCGCAGCCGCCUGGGCUCGUGAACGCCACAGACUCCGGCAAGGAGAAGAGGGCUCUCGAGCUUGGACAGAUGGGGAGAGGCAGCAACUCCUGAGUGGCGGACACGUGCAGGGCUACGAGGGCUUCUACAUCGUAUCGGUCGACCAGUUCCCAGAGUUGGCCGACAACGUAAAUAACAUCCACUUCUUGCGACAGACUGAGAUGGGUCGCAGGUGACAUGAACGUGAGGGGAACCCGUGCUCGGACUCAGCGUCCAGGACUUCUUGCCAAAGACAAGUUGCGUUUGUGACCCUAUUAUGUUACUUUAUUUUUAUGUUGACUGUGCUACUAUUUUUUUAAUACAUGACGUACAUGGUUGAAAACAGUUGCACUGUUUCGACAGCAGAGUGCCCUUCUCUCUUUUGGUAAUUCUUAAACCCCCUUUGCCCUUCGUGUGCGGCUGCUAGAAGACGGCAUAUGGCAGUGUCGUGGUUUAUUCAGUUCUGCCUUCGAGUUUGUGGGUUUGCUCAAAGGAAUAUAGGAAGAAGGCUGGUAAUGCAUUAUGCUCACUGGCUCAGCCUGCUGCCAGACGAGCAGAUUGUUAUUCACAAGCUUCACUCCACUCUGCCUUUUCCCGCGCCUCAGCCAAGGAGAGACCUCUUUUAAUCGCUUCUUUUUAUACUUGAAAGCCCACCGGCUGUGUCAUACUUAAACUAAGGACAUUGGUGUUUGCAGUGCAUUGCUACCAGUUCAGAUUCCUAGCUGAACCCAUCUCAUGUUGAAAACUUGUUGUGGUGUCUUGUAAUAUUUUGGGACUGGGUGGCUUGCUGGUAACAUUCUUUUUUUUUUUAUAUAAUUUUGACCAAAUGGCUUAAAACAUGAAUAGAAAGGAAAAUAAGAAUGAAGUAUGCACACUUAAAAUCUGGAAAAUUGACAGAAAUUUAGGAAACAAAUAGGAAAUAGGUAACCCCAAGUUCUUUAAAGGUACUUUUGAAAUGAAACAACACUGAUUGAAAGAAAUUAGCUCCAAAACCUAGUUAGCUGCUAACCUAGACAACAUUUAAGGGUCAUUCUGAUUUGACAGCUGUUCCAAUAGGUAGUUAGAUUUAGUUUUAUUCAAGGCAGUGUCGCCCUUGUUUUGAAGGCAAGUAAAAAAAUCUAAGAUGGCCGACAAGUUGAGAGAAAUGUUGAUUAUACAAAUUUUUAUAUUUAAUUCCCUAUUUUAAAGUAUCAAUAGUAGUAAUCUGAGCUACUAUUUUAUGGACUCUUUCUCCAAUAUUUCUGUGCCGUGUAUUCUUAUGCUUAUUAGAGUAUCAUGCAUUUAGCAUAGCAACAUGCUAACAUCAAACUCUAUCACAAUCAAUUCUCCCAUGUUAUUUGUGCGCCGUGCAGAGAUCCAGAUUAAUCACUUAUAAUGGUUCCUUCUUGUUAGGGUGCUGUCUGUGAAGGCAGAUCCCUAUGUAGGCAGUAUACAGAAAGGCAGCUCACUAGGUU